UUGUGCGCGUGUCACAAUGACUAUUACAAAAAAUGAAUUUUGGAUAAAAUUUAUUGAAGCCUUUAGAGAAGAAAAAGUGCUAUGGGAAAUAAAAAAUGAUUUUAACAAAAAUAAACUAAAAAGAACAGAGAGUUGGCAAAGACUUGCAAACAAAUUAAAAAAAAUUGAUAAGGAUGCCACAAUUGAUACAGUAAAAAAACGCGUUAAUGGCAUGCGAAGUUGCUACAGGAGAGAAUUGUACAAAAUUAAAAAAACUGAAAAGUCUGGUGCUGGUGGAGAAGACAUAUAUGAGCCAACGCUUUGGUACUUUCACCACCUAGACUUCCUUCGAGAAAACGAAGUUACAACGACAGGAAUAAGUACGCCGGAUGACCCCGAUUUUAAAAAUACGUGUUUCGCUACAUUUGUCGAACUUCCUCCUUGAAUGGCUCUUAGUUUUGAAAGUUCACAAGUACUUUGCAAAUGCUCAUUCGCAUAGUAAAAAACGAAAGAAAUCUGACAAUAAUUCAAAGUUUCUUGAAAAGGCAAAAGAACACCUCGAACAAGCAAAAAAAGCAAAACCUAUACGCGAUGAUGCUGACGUAUUUAGUGAAUCAUGGGCAGUUUUAUUUAGGAAAUUAUCUGCGGAACAGCAAAUAUACGCUAAACGAGCUAUAGACGAGAUAUUGGUACAUGGACAGUUGGGAAACCUAGAUUUGAAUUCCGUUCAGAUAAAUGUGGUGCAAAGAGAUCCAAGAACAUUCACAAUAGCUCGUGUUUCGACUCCAUACGCCUCUUCAGGAUCCCCAACAGAUGUUUAUCCAACAGCUAUAACUCCAGCGCCACAAAUACUUAUACCAAAAAGCAAUGCGAAUCGAAUUGAUUGUUCUCAAUCAGUGUUUGAGGAAUCAGCUAGUAGUAGUAUAAAAUCCCCAGCUUCAUCUUCUAAUGAACUUUCUAGAGACUCCCAGUAUGAGUAGAUUUAAUUUAAAUGUAUCUGUUUCUUUUUUUUAAUUUAAUACUGCAAUUUUUCUACCAUAAUUAAUUAGAAAAAUAAUGACAAAAAAUUAAGUUUCUUGUUUAUAAAAAUAAUUUUCGUUUGAAUAUGUUUUGCGUUCUUUAUAAAAUUUUUCGCACCAAAAGCGUUGCUUUCGUUUUUUUGCCUUACACACCGAAAUUACAAGUAGCGCGAAAGUGUAUAGUGAACUUACUUGCAACUCGGUAUGCAUACAAGUCUGCACGUGUAUAUUCCGCUUAAAAUAGUAUUUUAGAUCAUAUAACCGGGAUAACAUCAAACACGAUUUUACUUAUAAACUUUAAUGGUUUGUGAACUACUAGAUUAUGUAUGCAUGAUAAAAAAUUGAGGAAGGUUUAUAUACCAUUAUUAACACCUAUAUAUAAUAAAAUAAAAAUUAUAACAUUAUUAUAAUAA